CCAACGGUCCCCGCUGACAGAUCCUCUUUUUCCGGCCGCGCUACCCGGGAGGCGGAUCCCCGGUGCCUGAGGAGGCUUCCUCCGCCCGCCCUCCCUCUCCCGCGGGUCACCCCAACCGCCUGUGAGGAGGAGGAGGAGGAGGUCGUCGGGGCGGCGGCGGCGGCGGGCGGAGACAGCGCUCCCCCUUCGGCGGCGGCGGCGGGGGCAGGACAAUGGAGGUGGCUGUGGAGAAGGCGGCGACGGCGGCCGCGGCGGCUUCGGCGGCGGCCCCCGGGGGACCCUCGGCGGCGCCGACCGGGGAGAACGAGGCCGAGAGUCGGCAGGGCCCUGACUCGGAGCGCGGAGGCGAGGCGGCCCGGCUCAACCUGUUGGACACUUGCGCCGUGUGCCACCAGAACAUUCAGAGCCGGGCACCCAAGCUGCUGCCCUGCCUGCACUCCUUCUGCCAGCGCUGCCUGCCCGCGCCGCAGCGCUACCUCAUGCUGCCCGCGCCCGUGCUGGGCUCGGCGGAGACCCCGCCGCCGCUCCCGGGCCCCGGCUCGCCGGUCAGCGGCUCGUCGCCGUUCGCUACCCAAGUUGGAGUCGUUCGAUGUCCAGUUUGUAGCCAAGAAUGUGCAGAGCGACACAUCAUAGAUAAUUUUUUUGUGAAAGACACUACUGAGGUUCCCAGCAGUACAGUAGAAAAGUCUAAUCAGGUAUGUACAAGCUGUGAGGAUAAUGCCGAGGCUAAUGGGUUUUGUGUGGAGUGUGUUGAAUGGCUCUGCAAGACGUGCAUCAGAGCUCAUCAGAGGGUGAAAUUCACGAAAGACCACACUGUGAGGCAGAAGGAGGAAGUAUCUCCAGAGGCAGUUGGUGUGACCAGUCAAAGACCAGUAUUUUGUCCUUUUCAUAAGAAGGAGCAGCUAAAGCUUUAUUGUGAAACAUGUGACAAGCUGACAUGUCGGGACUGCCAGUUACUAGAACAUAAAGAGCAUAGAUAUCAAUUUAUAGAAGAAGCUUUUCAGAAUCAGAAAGUGAUUAUAGAUACACUAAUCACCAAAUUGAUGGAAAAAACAAAAUACAUCAAAUUCACAGGAAAUCAGAUCCAGAACAGGAUAAUUGAAGUAAAUCAAAAUCAAAAGCAGGUGGAACAGGAUAUUAAAGUUGCUAUAUUUACUCUGAUGGUAGAAAUAAAUAAAAAAGGAAAAGCUCUACUGCAUCAGCUUGAGAGCCUUGCAAAAGACCAUCGCAUGAAACUUAUGCAACAACAACAGGAAGUGGCUGGACUUUCUAAACAGUUGGAACAUGUCAUGCAUUUUUCUAAAUGGGCAGUUUCCAGUGGCAGCAGUACAGCCUUACUUUAUAGCAAACGACUGAUUACAUGCCGCCUACGGCACCUUCUUCGAGCAAGGUGUGAUGCUUCCCCAGUGACCAACAAUACCAUCCAGUUUCACUGUGACCCUAGUUUCUGGGCUCAAAAUAUUAUCAAUUUAGGUUCUUUAGUAAUCGAAGAUAAAGAGAGUCAACCACAAAUGCCUAAGCAGAAUCCUGUUGUGGAACAGAAUUCCCAGCCACAAGGUGGUUUAUCUUCAAACCAGUUAUCCAAGUUUCCAACCCAGAUCAGCCUAGCUCAGUUACGACUCCAGCACAUGCAGCAACAGGUAAUGGCUCAGAGGCAGCAGGUGCAACGGAGGCCAGCACCUGUGGGUUUACCACACCCUAGAAUGCAGGGGCCCGUCCAGCAACCUUCCAUCUCUCAUCAGCAACCCCCUCCACGUUUGAUAAACUUUCAAAAUCACAAUCCCAAACCCAAUGGACCAGUUCUUCCUCCUCACCCUCAACAGCUGAGAUACCCACCCACCCCGAAUAUGCCACGACAAGCAAUAAAGCCCAACCCCCUACAAAUGGCUUUCUUGGCUCAACAAGCCAUAAAACAGUGGCAGAUCAGCAGUGGGCAGGCUCCGCCAUCGACUGCCAAUAGCACGUCCUCUACUCCUUCCAGUCCCACCAUUACGAGUGCAGCAGGAUAUGAUGGAAAGGCUUUUGGCUCUCCUAUGAUUGAUUUGAGCUCACCAGUGGGAGGUUCUUAUAAUCUUCCUUCUCUUCCAGAUAUUGACUGUUCAAGUACAAUUAUGCUGGACAAUAUUGUGAGGAAAGAUAAUAGUGUAGAUCAUGGCCAGCCAAGACCACCUUCAAACAGAACCGUCCAGUCUCCAAAUUCAUCAGUGCCGUCUCCAGGCCUUGCAGGACCUGUUACUAUGACUAGUGUACAUCCGCCAAUCCGUUCACCUAGUGCCUCCAGUGUUGGGAGCCGAGGAAGCUCUGGCUCUUCCAGCAAACCAGCAGGAGCUGAUUCUACACACAAAGUCCCAGUGGUGAUGUUGGAGCCAAUCCGAAUAAAACAAGAAAACAGUGGACCACCUGAAAAUUAUGAUUUUCCUGUUGUUAUAGUGAAACAAGAAUCAGAAGAAGAAUCUAGGCCUCAAAAUACCAACUACCCAAGAAGCAUACUCACCUCCCUGCUCUUAAAUAGUAAUCAGAGCUCUGCUUCUGAGGAGUCUGUGCUCAGGUCAGAUGCCCCUGACAGCACAGGAGAUCAACCUGGACUUCACCAGGAAAACGCCUCCAACAGGAAGUCUGAGUGGCUGGAUGCCUCCCAGAAGUCACCCCUCCACGUUGGAGAGGCGAGGAAAGAAGAUGACCCCAAUGAGGACUGGUGUGCAGUUUGUCAGAACGGAGGGGAGCUCCUGUGCUGUGAGAAGUGUCCCAAAGUAUUCCACCUUUCUUGUCAUGUGCCCACACUGGCAAAUUUUCCAAGUGGAGAGUGGAUUUGCACUUUCUGCCGAGACUUAUCUAAACCAGAAGUUGAAUAUGAUUGUGAUGCUCCCAGUCACAACUCAGAAAAAAAGAAAACUGAAGGCCUUGGUAAAUUAGCACCAAUAGAUAAAAGGAAGUGUGAACGUCUACUUUUAUUUCUUUAUUGCCAUGAAAUGAGCCUGGCUUUUCAAGACCCAGUUCCUCUAACUGUGCCUGAUUAUUACAAAAUAAUUAAAAAUCCAAUGGACUUGUCAACUAUCAAGAAAAGACUACAAGAAGAUAAUUUCAUGUACGCAAAGCCUGAAGACUUCGUAGCUGAUUUUAGAUUGAUCUUUCAGAACUGUGCUGAGUUCAAUGAGCCUGAUUCAGAAGUAGCCAAUGCUGGUAUAAAACUUGAAAGCUAUUUUGAAGAACUUCUAAAGAACCUUUAUCCAGAAAAAAGGUUUCCUAAACUUGAAUUCAGAAAUGAAUCAGAAGAUAAUAAAUUCAGUGAUGACUCAGAUGAUGACUUUGUACAGCCCCGGAAGAAACGCCUCAAAAGCAUAGAGGAACGGCAGGUGCUGAAAUAAGCGGCACCUCUGGCGUGUGCUGGUUUUUAGAUACUUUUGUUUCCAAAAAUUAUUUUGUCAGUAAUUUAACAUCACUAUAAAGAAGAGUUUGUGACCACUCUGAUCUAUAAGUUUUUGAUGUUUACUAGACUUUAAUUUUCUUAACAACCCACUUCUUUUAACCUUGUUAUUAAGAAAGUUAAAAAGGGAAGGAGAAAGGAAGAAUGAAGCAUCAACAAAAUAAAAAGACGUUUCCAUUUCUGAAUUUCAAAACUGUAAUCUGGAACUGUAGCUACUCUAGAAAAGAAAUAGAUUUUGUAUGAAGUCUUAAGUUGAAAUUUUAAUGUGGUUUGGAUGUGUGCAUUAAUCCAUUUUUAGAAAAAUACCACUUACCCAUUAAUUAUGGCCCGACCAUGAGUUAGAUGUAGUGUCUUUAAGAACAGUACAUAGUGAAGAACAGUUAGGCCAUAAUUAAUGAACAUGGAUGGUAAUAAGAGUUCUAUCCUAGGAUGCCAACGGGCGCAGCAAGUAAGUAGAUUAGAUACUAUUGAGAAGGCACCUCAUGUAAGAUGGCAACUGUAUUAAAGAAAAAGGAAAACAAAAGUUUGAUUUUUUUUUGUUUUUUUCUUGUCUGUAGAGGUGUUUGACAUAGCAGAUUCCCAACGCCAUUUUUCAUACAUUUCUUAAUUGAAUUUCUUCCAACGUGGAAGUGAGUGAACGCAUUUGGUUUUGUUGGAUGUCUGUGUGGUUUUGCUGUUUGUUUGAACUGUGCAGGUGACCCUUUUAUAACGAGACUCAUUGUUUGCAGUAUGGCUUUUAGUGGAACGCUCAACAUAUGAAAUACAGCUCUGUGCGGUAUUUGGUGUGAGGCUUUUAAAAAAUAUAUACCCUAUUGGGCAUUAAAUGUAUGUUCCCCUGAAAGGGACUGGUUUUUGUGGUUUUCAUCUGCCUUUAUAAUUUGGACUGAAAAUAUAUUGUGGAAUUUGGGAGCUGGCUGUUGGAGGGAAUUAUAGUAAAAAUUUAAUUUUUUUGAAGCAUCUAUUUCCUAUUUUUAAGAAUUAGACCUUCACAUUGAAUCUUUGAUCUCAAUUCUAAAUUUCAUUUUUAUUCUCAGAGAUAUAAAAGAUGUCUUCUGAGGGCAAACAUAUUCUUAAUGGGCCAGACCUCGCUAGUUUAACUGACAUUGGUUUAUUCCUCGUUCAGUGUCAAAGAAGGAAACUAGAUUAAGAAAAUUGCUGUGCCAUUUGCUAACCUAAUGUUUGACAAAAUAUUUUACAUAUGAAUUUUUUUAGUUUGCCAAAGUAAACCUUUCUAAAACACUAAUUGGCUAAGGAAAUUUUUCUGUUUCAGCUGAUAAAAUAAAAACAUGGCUGACUUGAAAGAAUGUUCUCUUUGGGUGGUAUCAUCCUCCACGAAGUAGACCUUAGAGGACUUGCUUUCAUCCACGUGGCAUUACUUCUUAAAAUGGACAAUGGGAAAAUAUUCUGUGGCUGAUUCUCUGGGUUUUCAGAUAUUGCUAAAGAUAAAAUAUGAAAAAAUAACUUACUAGCAAUAGCGUCUCACUUUCUGUGUAGAUUUAGGCCUUGUCUAUAAUGUAAAUUAUACAUUAUUGGUUAAAAGGGUCUUAGUCACUUUUUUGCAUGUGUUCAGGGUGACUGUUGUGGUGGUGGUGUCAUUUUGAAUAUGCAUUUGCCAUUUAUUUUCUGAAGACUGAACAGUGCAUAUACUAUUUUGAUAACAGUGCAUAAACCAUUUAAUUGUCUUAUUUUGCUCCAGCACUUACAGCACACCAGCUGUUGAGCUUUUAGUAAUAAGUUCAUUGGUAUCUUAGAAUACUGUUCUUCUGAUGGUUUGUUCUUCCAUAUUUGUCUUCUGAGUUAAAACAGGGCAACAAACAAAUUUUGAGAAGGAUCAUGAAAGGAAGUAGUACUAAAGAGAAAAAAUACAUAAUUUUCUAAAAGAAUUCGAGCCAGAAUUUCUAACUGAUGUCCCCAAAACUUUCACUGAUAUAUUCAGUGCUAUGUUAAUCUUUUUUUAAAUUGAUUUUAGAGAGAGGGAAAAAGAAACAUCAACUUGUUGUUCUACUUAUUUAUGCAUUCAUUAGUUGCUUCUUGUAUGUGCCCUGACCAAGGAUUGAACCCACAACCUUGGUGUAUGGGGGAUGACACUAACCAAAUGAGCUACUCAGCCAGGGCAAUAUUAAUCUUUUAAAACAGUAUUUAAAAGUGGUUUUCUCUCCACAGUCUUAAGUUAACAGUAUUUAAGAUUAUAGUCCUGUGACCUUAUUAACAAGCACCGAUGUGCUCAGGCAGAUCCCAGCUAAGUAGUUCUUAAAUUCUGACAGACAGUUGUAAGAUGAUCCUAACGAUAUAUAUUAUCCCAUCCUCUCAAAAGUUAAGUGCAAUUCAGGCAACCUUGACCUAACACUCCGGUGUUUAUCUCCAAACAAAAAGUCCAGAUUUCCCUCGAUUUAGAACCAAGACCCUAGAGUCAUAGCUGCAAGACCCCCAAUGACUAGACAUGAUCACACCUGUAGCCAGGGUUUAUGGAUGAGCAGAGUAUGUGGGAGCUAGGAUUUACUCAACUCCAACUCAUUGAAAGCUUUCCCCGAUGCCAAGCAUCUGAUCUUUCCAGCAAUAAGAAAACCCAAGUACACCGUCAGUGGCUUAUGUGGCUCUGGCAGAAGUAUAAAUAGACUGAGAUAUACCAUAUUGCAUUCAAAAUGUAUUUGUACAUCAGCAUCUGGCAAUGCAGUCAUUUUGUCCUUUGAAUUAGCAGGCCCUGCUUAUCUUUUCUGAAUGGAAGGGUAGGCAAUUGGAAAGUGCUCAAAGGAAAAUGUCCUCUUGCCAAGGUAGUUUGACCAUCUUUUCCAAGCUAAAGAAGAAGCACUCAAUUUUACCACACAUAGUAGUGCAGUUGAAACAUAGCUUAGGAAUGCUUUCAGAAAGUUUCACUCCAGAGUCAAAAAGGUGAGUAUACAAAUUAUUGCUUCAUUUAUGAAUUUGCAUUUCAAAGUCCUAUGAUUGCAGUGUUUAAAAUCUGGGUGUCACAGAGGGACCAGUUAGACAGUGAAAGGAGGAAGUCCUCCUCUUGGCUGAGCCCUGAUCCACAAAUAAUGUUGCUUCAUGUGAACAAAAAAUAUUUAGUUUUAAACUGAAGAUAGUCAUUUUCUGUUUAUCUGUAUUUGUUUCGAAUGAGAGAAAUCAGGUGGUUUGGUUAGCCAUUAAAAUUCUGGACAUGGCCAUGAGUUCAGGUAUCUAAUUUCUUAUUGAAAUAGAGCACCUCCUUUUAAAUAAUCAUGUACAUAUUUUAAAGUAUUUUAUACCCUCAUGUAAAUUAAUAGUUGAUGUCUUUUUACAAACAUAAUGCCCCUUCAUUUUGGGUGUGAAUUUACUAAGUCAUAAUUCACAUCUUGGUGGCUCAUGCCUCCUGAGUGAGAACAAUGCUAGCCAAUCCGAUCGCAGAUUUCUGUCUCCAUGAAGGUGAUGUUUCUUGUGAGGGACAUCUGAGACAAUAGUCUUUGUUUAAUUUUAGGGGGCCAACUGCUGGUUUGAUUUUAAUAAAAAUUAGCUUCAAUGGGCUUUUUCUGUGAAUAUUUUGGCACAACAAGGAAUUUUUAAUGGAAAAGUCACUGGUGUCAUUCAGUAGAAUUUAAACUAGCUGGCAUCUGCCUUCAUUACUGUGUGUGGUCUUCUGUGAAACUGAGACACAGGGACAGGCUACUCGUCCAUAAAUAAUAGGAAACUUUAGAAAUUCUACCACAUGUAUUUCACUACAUACAGAGAGAAGGGGUGUGAUAAAUACCUUCAAACACUGAUUUCCACCUUUUCCCCCUAAGAAAAGGAACGCAAACUCCUGAAAGUAGGAGAACAAAUGAUGCCAUAAAACAUUUUACUUGAAUGGAACCUAUUGGGAGGGGAGGGUAUUAUACAACAUCUGGGAGCUUUUACAAGUCACUUUGAAAGUUUAUGUCUGUUACCUUAAAGGUUAGAAAGUUUUGAUUCUUGGAAGUAACUAUUUGAAAAAUUCACUGUUGGAUAUUUAAUGGAUCUUAGUUUGAUGGGGAUGUGAACAGCUUUCUAUUUGAUUCUUAAAUGAGGUUUUAGUUUGAUGGGGAUGUGAACAGCUUUCUAUUUGAUUCUUAAAUGAGGUUUUAAAUAGAAUAAGUCCUAAUUUGAGUCCUUAAAAAAUCCUUUAGAAGUUAAACAUUUAGCAAAAUUUUGUCUUUUGUAUAGAAGAAAGGCUAUUUUAAAGUCGUCAGUGAAAGAAUGCCCAAAC